AUGCUGGUGAAGUGUAACCGCCGUCCCAGCGCGCGUGCGUACUACGAGCCUGUCUCCUCAGUGUAGAGUCGACGGAAGGAGGUGGUGGGCGGGGCAAGCCGCGUUCUCCUAGGGGUCCUCCGCCUCGCUUCGCGUCGCCUCAGAGCAAACGUUCCAUUUUCGAGAUGGAAAUUCCAUCCGAUGGAGCUCCGCCCUUCCCUGUGCCUCCCCCGGCCCGGGAAGUGGUAACCGGUCCUCCGACUCAGAAUUCUGGGAAACAGCCAAUGAGUACAACACUGAGAGAACGGUUAAAGAAAACAAGAAGUUCAUUUCAUUCCUGUCAUACUGUGGCAAAACGUCUUAAAGUAGGUACUGAAAAUAACUCUGCUACUUUAAAGGAAGCAACAUCUUCCAGUGGUGAAAACUGUUCUGGAUCUCCAGAAAACUGUAAAAACAUAGAAAAAGCAGCUGAAGAAAGUGUGUCUUUGAAAGACUGCUUAAUGGAUGUUGAUAUUUAUAGAAACAAAUCCCUUGUCAUAAGUACUCUGCCAGAUAAUCUCUCCCAGGUAGUAUCAGAAGGCUUUGGUAAGCAAGAAUUGCUUGAAGAAAAGAUGAAAUUGUUGAAGCAAGUUCAAGAGAAGGAAGAGCUUCUUCGAAGGCUAAAAUUGACCAAAAUGUAUAGAUCAAAGAAUAAUCUUUCACAGUUACAAUCAUUGAUAAAAAAGUGGAGAAGUAGUAGCCAGCUAUUACUUUUUGAGCUGCAAUCAACAUUGUCUAUGGAGAACAAGAAACUAAGCCUUACUCAGUUGAUAGACAGUUAUGGAUUAGAAGACCAGUUACUACAUUACAACAGAAUCGAAGAAGAAUUUACAGAUUUUUAAUUAUUAAAAUAUUUUCAGAAAUCUGCCUUUAUUCUUAAUCAACUCAAAGAUAUUUCUGAAUGUUAACAAAGACAUACUCUAAAGAAAGCAUAAAAAUUAUGGUUUAUAUGAUUUGACAAGACUACUGUUGAUAAAUUUUAUAUCAUUAAGUUCUGUGAAAAGAAUUUGAGUUAAAAAAAUGAAAAUGAAUGUAUACUUCUAAAACAAUUUGCCUUAUUUUUGUCAAUUGAUAUUUAACAAGUUUAAAAAUUAUUUUGAUAUUACAAAAAUGUCUAAAGCCCAACUUAACCUCCAAAUCCCUGUUUCUGUUCCAUUUUAUUCAUUAAACAUUUUUGGACUUUCAUUUUGAGUAAUAUUUUUAUAUGUAGUGUGUUCCCAGAGUUUGUCUUUUAAAGCCAGUUUCUCUUUUACACGUGCUCACUGUCACUAUUCUAACUUUAAGCUUUCAUUUCUAAGUUGGACUACAUAAGUAAAAGCAAGCUAAGUAUAUGUCAUUCUCCUCUGAAACUAACUGGUUUUUCAAUACCUGCUGAAUAAAGUCUUAAAUUUGGCAUUCUA